ACCUAGGUACUCACUCAGUGAUCACUACUCUCUACUCGAUAGUAGUAAUAUUGAUUGUGAAAUCAAGUUUAUUUAUUUGGUAUUAAUGCCUCGUUCUUCCUUAAUGGAACUGAAGUAAUCAGUAACAACUCUUUUGACAAAAAUGUCAAAAGUAAAACGUUUUAUUGUGAAAAAAUCUGAAUAAAUUUUAUAGAUUUCGUAUCGUAAAAUUCAUAUUGAAAAUUGACAGUCUGCGAAAGAAAACGAAAAUACGAUCAGUUAUAUGAUAUAUAAUAAUUAUUAUAGUACAUAACUAGAAAUUAUGGUGGAAAACGGUGCAUCGAGUGGCGGCAGCGAAAGUCCAAAUGCUACUGGCGUCAGGUCUGGUCUGCUAGAGACCCUAGUUCGCGGUGUUUGGUACAGAGUGCAUUGUUCUUUAGAAGAUGAUUAUUUAAGUGUUUGCUUAGACGAUGGUUAUGAUGCGACUACUACAUUAAAUGGAACCCUUAACAAUAAUAAUGUCGAAACACCUAAUAGCGACUUUACAGAAGUGCCGGAAGCUAUUGCCAAUCAGAAGCGUUUGGUACAAGUUGUAAAAUCAGACAAUAAUGGCUUAGGUAUAUCUAUUAAAGGUGGAAUCGAAAACAAUAUGCCUAUACUGAUAUCUAAAAUAUUCAAAGGCAUGGCAGCAGACCUGACAGAGCAAUUGUAUGUAGGUGAUGCCAUUUUAUCUGUUAAUGGGGAAGAUUUAAAAGAUGCCACACAUGAAGAAGCAGUCAAAGCUCUCAAGCGAGCAGGGAAAAUGGUUCAGCUAGAAGUGAAAUACUUGAGAGAGGUAACUCCAUAUUUUCGUAAAGCAUCAAUUAUAAGUGAGGUCGGCUGGGAGUUGCAACGAGGUUAUAUGGUAGAGACCCCACCAUCACCACCCUCUCCGCGCCGAAGACGGGCUGAUACCAGAUAUGUACCACUUCUUAUGGCCUGCGUAGCCAAAAAUUUGAGACAUCACGACCCUGAGGAUCGGACUAUAGAGAUAUAUUCGCCGGACGGUGUCCACGCUUUGGCUCUGCGUGCUCCUUGUGGCACUUCCGCAGCAGGUUGGCACAGGGCGCUACACGCGGCGGCACGGCGUGCAGCACGAGCGGCACUUGCACGUGCCCGGCCACGUCUGCGCCCGCUCAUCGGUGACGUCAGAUACGCUGGCUGGCUGGCGAGGCGCCCACCGCAGGAACCACUGGGUGCGUCAGGUGGUUCUGACAGCUCCGAUGAUGCAGAAGGAUGGCAGCCAACGUUUGUUGCAAUCACCGAUAGAGAAUUGAGGUUAUACGAAGCGGCGCCGUGGUCGGGGGAGGCGUGGUGCGCGCCGAGUGAGAGCUUCAGCCUGGCGGCGACUCGCCUGGCGUGGUGGAGGAGGGGUGAAGGCGCGGCGGCUCUUGGCGUGCGGGCGGGGACUCCGGCCGGACUGUGUGUGAGAGCGCUGAGGGCGGACACGCCUCACGACCUGGCAGCCGUUGCGGGCUCGCUCGUUGACGGCGCACAUCAUGCUGUGCGAGCGCAGCCAGAAUUCACCUUCCGUUGCCGCUACCGUGGCGCGUGCGCUCGUCUGUCUCUAGGAGCGGGCGGCGUGUGUGUGUGGGAGGCGGCGGGGUCGUUGGGUCGCGGCGGGGCGCGCGCCCUCUACCGCCGCGCGCUGCACGCCCUGCGAGCCUCCGCGGACGACGACCGCACCGCACUCUGGCUGCACUUCGCUGACGACGACACACUGGAGCUUGAUAUGGAGGGUAGUCCGAAGCCGGCUGUAUUUAUUCUGCAUAAUCUUCUGUCAGCGCGUGUUCACUCCUUGCCAGGCGAGGCGACUUCACACCCUGUAUAACCAGAAACGGACGCUUCGCCCGAAGCCAUUAUUAACUGUCAAUUCAACCAAUAAUACUGUUCCGUUGAUAUUCUCUGAUUUCAAUACAAUCGGCAUGUAAUCUAAGAUCGCUCAUAUUAACAUUCCAUAAUAUUAUCUGUAAGCGUUUUCUAUUAUCUGUGUUUACUCUUCCAAAGAUAGAAUCUCUUUAUAAUUUUUUAUUUAAUUCUAAGCCGUUAAGGAGUUGUAUAUGUUAACGAUUGCUAUAUAUUUUUUUAUAAUUUAUUAUAAUUUUUGUUUGUAUAUAAAUGUAGUUGUAGUAGUGUUUUUUAUAAACAAUACAUUCCCGGAAUGUAGAAUAGAUUUGCUUUAAUAUAUGUAGGUUAUGUUUAAUCUCGUACGUUAAGAACUCAAUAACUAUUUGGUAUAAACAUGUAUUAUUGUUGGAAAAUGUUUGUGGGCGGUGUGCAUUGGAUGUAAGGAUUUUGACUAUUAUUACGUGUAACUUGGCUACUGUAAGCAUUAUUAACUUAUAACACCAUUAAUUUGUUACUGUAACUUUGUUUUGAUACUAAAUGUCAUAAUAAUAUAUAAUGUAAUCGAGAUGCGGGCCUAUUGUAAUAAAUUAUUUAAAGGAAGCCAAAGAAAAUGAAAUGAGAGUUCAAGUUUGAAACAUCUGAGUCAACUGCUAUUCUCGAAUCCACCAAGUGACGGUAUAGCUCGGAUUGGCUACUGCAUUCGGUGCAAUAGUAAAAUUAUCAGUUACUGUGUUCACAAAAACAUCAAAUAACUUAAUAUUUUAAUAUAUUUGUAUAACAACAUCAUACGUUAAUAAAAAGUGAGGAAAAAAAAAGUAUAGACGUAGCAUCUUCAGUUAACUCUAUGUACACUUUUUUUGUCUAUGCCAUUUUUAUAAAUAUUGGAAUUUAACUGAUUGUAUUAUUAGUUAAAUUUAUUUAUUAUUUUUAUUACAUUAAUUAAAUUUUAAUACACUUUAAAAAAAAUAUGAUAAUACUCUUUUACAUUUAGCCUUUUUAUUAAUUUAAAACGUAACGGUUUUUAAGGUUUUAUAUCCCCAGAUAUUGUUAGUUUCGUGUUAUUUAAUGAGAAUAAUGAUUUUUAUUGUCUCCGAGUGUUUGUUUCAGUAAUCAGAAGAUUUUAUUUAUGUCUAUGUUGUAUCUUUAUAUAUCGAUAUGCUGAAUGAGCCUUUGCCUAACAAUUCUAAUGUUCUGUAUUGUGAGACCUGUACGUGUUUUUUUGUGACGCUCCGUCUAUACUUCUCAUUUUGAGAUUUAUAAUCUGUCUAAUUUAUAAUAUGAAAUAAACGAAAAUCAAUUAUUGAAAUGAAAGCUAAUACAACGUGCACAUGUUAAACGUUAUAAGCUAGUAGUAUAGAUCAUAACAUUCAUGACAUAGUUACCUUAAUGUAAAAUUUUUAGAUAUAUAACAGUGUUGCCAUAUCAUAGCGGAAACUCCUCUAAGUAAGUUCAGUAAUUUUUUAUAAUCUCUUAGCAUUUCUACCUAUAAAUUGGUCUUCUGUAUACCUAAUAUAUAUUUACGAAUUUUGUACUAUAAAUUUUAAGAAAAAACUGAAAACUGGAAUCGUCUGAUGUCUUUUUUUCAUAACAUGACAUUUUUGUGUAAUUAAAAUUUCUAUCUCUUAGAAAACUAUAAACGGCCUAAGAUACAUAAGAAUAUGAUUUUUUUUCAAUUUUUACUUCUUUAUCAUUAGUCCAGGCGUAUAAUAACUAGCCCCUUGAGUAGAAACCAGUAAUAUGUUUUAAAGGAAUUGAUAAUACGUGGGUUUUUAGGAACCAUUCAAUUUUUUUUUUUUUUACAUUUAAUUUACAUUUUACAAAAAAAUAUCUAAAUGUAAUACUCAUUAUUUUGUUUAUAUAAACUGAGUUAAACGUAAUUAUUAGUAUGGAUUAAACAAUUUUCUUCUCUAGGGGCAAAUUCUUGAUUGACCUUAUUAAUUUUAUAACAAUUUUUUAAUCAUCCCAACUUGAAACGAAGCUGUAGAGCCAGUUUCACCAAGCUUUGUUUGUUAAAUCUUAACGAGGCAUUUACUAACAAACCUUCACAGACAUUAGUUCGUGGUGGGCGGCUCGAUACAUCUAACAGUCCAUCAAACGCCUUAACAAGACGUUAUUUGUUAAACAUUGAUUGGUGAAACUGGGCCUUAAUCUUAUUAUUUUCUAUAAAAACAAAUUUUUAAAGUUCACCUGAUUGUUAAAACAUUCAAGUAACUAGUUACUAUGGACUGUUUGUUCAAAUAAAUAUUUUUUUUAGAACGAUUGUUAGGUAUUUUUAAUAUAUAAACAUAAAAAUGUAGAUUUUUUAAUAAUAUUGAUUCUUGCAACACUGAAUAAUACACAAUUUUAGUUUAUACAGUUAUACAAAUGUAACAUUUGAAAAAUUUGUGACGUUUUGGUAUUCAUUAUGAAAUUGUUUGUUUCAAUGGUCCGUAAAUAUAUUUCCUAUAGUUAAAUAAAUGCACAACCAAUGGUACGUUUAUAUCUAUAUUAUACAUACGAUCAUAGCUAACUGUUAGUAUAUAUACCAGUGGUUCACAACCGGUGGUCCGCGGGACUCAAAAUGUUGUCCGCGAACGAAUUCAAAACUCAUAAAUUUUAUUGAUGUUUUAGUAACAUAUUUUUGUUGAUACUAAAUACAUUGGUUUUUUUAAAUUUAUUUUCUUAAUCAUUUAUUUUAUUUUUCUUUUACAUCGUGGUCCCAUGCCAACAACAAAGAAUACAAAGCGGUCCCUAGUCAAGAAAAUGUUGGGAACCACUGGUCCCUUCAAAUUUUAUUUUUAAUAAACAAACGCACAUUCAGUUACAUCUUGCGCAGAUACAAUUCAAAGUGCUUAAUCUUAGUUUGUAUCGUUACUAAGCGUUUCACGUUUCUCACUCAAUAACUUACGUUAAUGCUACAAUGUGACAAGAUUUAUAAGGAAAAUCUGUUAACGCUCCGUUUGUAGCGUGUUUAUGCAAACUUGGACUAAGCAUACAGAUACUUUUACAUUCUUAUAUUAUAAAUAACAAAAAUUCAAAACGAUCUUUGUAUUUAAAUAUUUUUUUUUUUAUAUAGAUAAAGUUUGAGAACAAAUAUGUUUUUUAUACAUUAAUUUAUUAUUUUAUUACAAUUGUUAAAUAUACGGUAGUUGUAUGUCAAAAUAUGUGUCUUGUUUUUGUUUCUGACAUAAUAUAAGUUGUUUUUAUUAAAAUUGGUCCAUUGGUGUGCGAAGUCAUCGGUACUUAGAACUGUCAUUAUCAUUAAAACAACGAAUAAAA